AUGUGUUAUAUUUUAGGUCUUAAAGAGGUUAUUGUGCCCCAGUUAGGUUGCCAUUCAGAAUCGACAGUAUCAGCUUGUGAGUCUACUGCCUCUAAGCCAAAGAAGAGGAAAAAAGAGGAAGUACCUGGUGCACAGACGAACAGUUCACUGCUGCCUCAGGAUGCAGUGAGCAGUAAUCUAAGGAAAAGUGGCCUGAAAAAACCUGUGGUUGCUUCUUCAUUAAAAAGGCAGGCCUGUGGUCAGCUGUUAGAUGAGGCUCAAGUGACCCUGUCCUUCCAAGACUGGCUGGCCAGUGUCACGGAACGCAUCCAUCAAACCAUGCACUAUCAGUUUGAUGGCAAACCAGAGCCACUGGUGUUCCACAUUCCUCAGUCCUUUUUUGAUGCUCUGCAACAAAGAAUAUCUAUAGGAAGUGCAAAGAAACGGCUUCCCAACUCCACCACAGCUUUUGUUCGGAAAGACGCCUUGCCACUGGGAACCUUUUCCAAGUAUACCUGGCAUAUCACUAAUAUCCUGCAAGUUAAACAAAUCUUAGAUACCCCAGAGAUGCCCUUGGAAAUCACUCGGAGUUUUAUCCAGAACCGGGAUGGGACUUAUGAGCUGUUUAAAUGCCCUAAAGUGGAAGUAGAGAGCAUAGCAGAAACCUAUGGUCGUAUAGAAAAGCAACCUGUGCUGCGACCUUUGGAACUAAAAACUUUUCUCAAAGUUGGCAACACUUCCCCAGAUCAAAAGGAGCCAACACCGUUCAUCAUUGAGUGGAUUCCAGAUAUCCUUCCUCAGUCCAAGAUUGGUGAGCUUCGGAUCAAGUUUGAGUAUGGUCACCACCGGAACGGGCAUGUGGCGGAAUACCAAGACCAGCGGCCACCGCUGGACCAGCCCUUGGAACUGGCGCCUCUGACCACCAUCACUUUCCCUUGA